AUGUCUUCUAACGGAACAAAUAGUAGCACACCCCGACACACUCCAAGUUCUGGUAGUGAAGAAGAAACAGUUACCCAAGAAGUUCAGGAAGAAAAUGUUGUUAUUACGCUUCCAAGUGCUCUUCCACAGCAUUCAGAACCAUUAAGUCUUCUGGCAGAAACCCAGCGACUACAACGUGAAAUGCUUCGGGUUGAGAUGGGGGAAGUAGGUGGUGCAGAGCUCGGUUCAAUGGGGGAGGCGACGGUGGCUGUUCGCUCGGAGAUUUCUCCCUUAGGUGGAUCCGAAAGUCUGGCCUUAAUGGCAUCACCUACCAGAUCUCGUAUUCAGCUGCUGGAAGCCGAACUCCUGGACAGCAAACGUCGCGCCGCUUCUCUCCACGAAAGCAAUCAACGUCACCAGAAAAUCAUCCAAACCCUCCAAUCUCAGGCAAGUCGCUCUCUUUUCUUGCCAAUUUUAUCCAAAUUUACACCGGACUUUGAAGAAUUCGUCAUCUCAACUAGUUGUGUCUUGACUCUUGCCGUUGUGGUUAAAGAAUUGACAACAGUUUUUCCACGACUUGUAACACGAGCUCUACGACUUCUGGGGUUAGAGGAAAGAAGUGACGGAGCAGUGAGCUUCUUGAUCAGUUCGUUCAUCUUAAAGGUGGUCGAAAAAUCAGAAACAAAACUUUUCAUCAAGGUGGUAUUCUGGCGUAUUAUAUACGAUUACAGUCGUUCGAGGUGCUCGGAAGAUCGUGUAUUCUUUACUGUCACCAGCCUUAUGACUGAACGAAGACCAUCAGGCGUUUCAAUCUUUGCUUUACUAAAAUCUUGGCACGCUUGGGAAGGCGCUGUAGAGUGCCACCUCACAUCCACCGCUAGUGGGCGUUACCAGGCGGCGCUUACGCAGUCAAAACGCAAGAACACCGACCUGGAAAUGGAGAUUGAGGAUUUAAAAAUAAAGCUACAAAAGAACACGAAGAAGCUGCACUCGAAGGAGUUGGAGCAGGAGAGUCGGUUGGACGCGCGGGAGAAUGUGGCCAAAAUGCGCGAGGAGAGCUUGAUUGCUGAGUUGGAGAAUUUGACGGACGCACUUGAGGCGGAACGGGCAAAGUCAGCAGAGCUUUCAAAAUCAAAUGAAAUUCUUCAGGAGCAAAUUGAAGAAGCUGCUUCCGCCAACCAGGGUCUGAGCCGCGAUGUAGCGCAGUUGACCCAGGCCUGGAGGGGUGCAACUCAGGCGCUCGAGAAAUUGGAGUCGGAGUGGCAGUCGGAGGAGAGCGCAUUCAAUGAGUACUUCUCGGCUGAACAUAAUCGUCUCCUCGCUCUCUGGCGCGAAGUGGUGGCUCUUCGACGAGCGUUCGCAGAACUUCGGCAUCAAACAGCGCGGGAUUUCACUCAGGCAUCGAAAAUGCGAAAUUCUGAGGAAAUCGAAGAUAUGAUGAACAGUGAAAUAACGCGAAUGGGUCAAUCGUUGGUUUCGAGUUGCUGCGCUCUGGCGAACAAUCUGCGAGCAGCUGAACUAGAGUCAGCUGACGCAUUGGCAAAGAGUCGACGUGAACUUCAGGCCGAAGAGGAGAGCGCGAAAGCGCGGAAUCAGUCCCUCUCGGAAGCCCUUGCGCGCUCUCAGGCCCGUCUAGUUGAUGCCGAAUCCAAAGCACACGAGCUCAGUCGCCGAGUUCAGGACCUCCUCUCAGAGAUUUCAGACAAGGACCGCGUGCUGAACACACUGAGACGUCUGCGAGCGACAUUUCCUUCGUCGAAGCGGGAAGAGGUGGAGACGAUUAGGAAGGGGCAAAGCGAUGGGGAAAUCGAAGACCCCAUCACUGUCACCAAGUGUCUCAUUGAGCAGACACAUGCUAUGCAUCAGGCACUCUCUCAGAUUGCUCAGACGGUGUUGUCGGACACGACGAACGCAGAUUUGGACGAGGCGCAGGAGCCCUUUUUGGCGAGUUUCCAGCAUCAGAUGCAGACGGGGUUGUGGGUAUCAGGGGAUGAAGACUUUCAAGCCACUUCACGAUCUCGUCGACCUAGGUCGACUUCCCCUAUCCAUCGGGCCUCUCCUCAGGCGCCAUCACCUAUCGUCGUCUCCACGCUUCCAAGGUCGAUAUCCACUCCAACCACUGCCGUCAUCGCUCCUCCGACUAAAUUGGCUGAGACCACAGUUGCGGCAGUUCAAACAGCUCUUAAUCGACGUGCCAUGCAGGUACAAGCAUUGCUCCUUAAGUUUUCAAGUUUGAGAGGCCGACUGGAUGGUCUGUCGAAGCGGUAUUCGGAGGGGGAGGAGGAGAGAAGCCGCCUGAUGGAACAAAACAAUUCACUUUGCUCUGACCUUGAUGUGAUUCGCAAAGAGGUUGAUGCGACACGAUUGGAACGAGACAAAGCGAAACACUCUCUUGCCGUGGCCCUGGAGGAGCGCAGUCUGGUGGAACGAGCGCGAAUCACAGCCUCGGAACAGGUAGCUGAACUUCAACGCGAAAUUGAACAAUUCCGUCGUCUUCUUUACGAUACUUCCAAGGAACGCGACGCCCUCUUCGAGCAAUGUAAUUCUCGCCAACUUCAAACUAGGGAAAAUGAGCGUCUUCGAAGACUCCUGGAGCAAUCAGAGGCACAAGGAGCUCAGCAUCGAAGUGAGGCGGAAGCGGCACGCUCAGAGACGGCGAAGAAGGAGCAACAACUUGCGAACACAUUGAAUGAAAUUGCAGACAUCACAGACAAAUACACUCGCUCUGAGCGCCUCGGUGCCGAACUCGGUGCUCAAAUCGGCAAACUGCAGCAAGAGAGACAAGAACUUCAGGAGAAACUGACGAAUUUGGAGGAGGUGUUGGGUUCGCGAGAUCAAGAACGAUCCCAGCUGGGACACCAAUUGAGUCUCCUUGCAGCUAAUGAAAUACGCUUGUCUGAGGAGCGAAAUACGUUGCGCACCGAGUGUCAACAGUUGCGCAAUGAGAUAUCGCGAAUUGACGCAGAGGCGCAGUUGAGUAGCUCAGAAUUGGUGCGACUGCGAAACACCAUCGACCGAGCAGAGACUCAACGAGCCCAGGCCGAGGCGGAGGCGACGAGGUGCAAUCGGGAGAAAGUGAAGCUCACAGAGGAAAUCGUGACGGCGAAUCAGCGGGCUUUUGCUUCCAAAGAAGAGAUUGACACGUUGCGUCGAGAAAUCGCCCAACAGGUAUCCGCGAUGAGGCGUCUUAGUGAGGAACGCGAGGAGCUUGUGCGAGAUAAGGACGAUCUCGCCGCCAAGCUUUCUCUGGCCGAAAGAGAAAGACAUCAACUCGCCGAUUUAGUGUCCAAAUUGCGCAAUGAUCGAGAGGUGUUGGACAACGAAGCCUUUCUGGCGCAACGCCAAAUUACCGAACUGAAGAACAAGGUGGAGAAGCAGGAGACUGAUAUAGCGAAUCUCAACUUGCGGCGAAAUACCCUUCAAGCUGAAGUUCAAAGAGUGAGAAGUGAUUUUGAGGCGGAGUUGGGCAAAAUCCAACGACAGAGGGAUAGACUGGGAGCAAAAUAUGCAUCCGAGGUGGAGGAGUUACGAGCCACUCUGGCGGCAGCUGAACGACGUCUUGCAGAAGCGGAGGAGGCUGCAGUGCAGGCGGUUCUGCGGGCGGAUCGUGUGGCUGCGGAGGCUACGAAGGCUUCCAUGCGCGAAACGGAUCGACACGGAGUGAGUGAGAGGGAGUCCCAGCGGUGGGCUGAGGAACAGGCUAGACUGAAUCACGAACUCAUCCUUGCUCAAAGGUACCACCUUAUCCGUCUGCUCCUUUUAUAUGAAAUUGGAAUGAUCUGGUAA